GAAUAAAAUUGUUUACAUUAAAAGAGACUGCAUUCAAUCAUAUUCUUCAGAUGACAGCUGUCACGCUCCAGGUGUCUUGUUCUAAAACGAGCAGAACGUACCAGCAGUAUCAAUUCUUGAAAUCAGGAAGGAAAAUACAUUAAACAUACUAUUCUAUUAUUAAAUAUUCCAGAAUGCAAAUGAUCAAUGAAAUAGCGCCUUGACAUAGCGCGGCUGGAACAAAUUAUAUCAAAACAAUAGAGGAUAACCUAUUAACACUUAAUUGUAAAUACAGAAUACAAUUGAUUUAUAAUUGUAACUAAAUUAAAUACAUCAUACAUAAUUUAUUCACACUUUCAACGAUGUUGGAACGCAAAGAUCCAGAAGGAAACUUAUACGUUUUUAAUGAAGAAGAUUUACCGUAUGAAGAGGAAAUCUUAAGAAAUCCUUAUUCUGUGAAACAUUGGCAACGUUAUAUAGAUCAUUUAAAAAGCACUAAAAGUAGUAAUUUAAAUAUUGUAUACGAGCGUGCGUUAAAAGAACUUCCUGGAAGUUAUAAGUUAUGGUACAAUUACCUACGUCAACGUGUGAGCCAAUUGAAGGGAAGAUGUAUAACAGAUCCUCUUUACGAAGAUGUAAAUAAUGCAUUCGAACGUGCAUUAGUUUUUAUGCAUAAAAUGCCUCGAAUUUGGAUGGAUUAUUGUACAUUGAUGACUGAACAAUGUUAUAUUACACGUACUCGUCAAGUUUUUGAUCGUGCGCUUAGAGCUCUUCCUAUCACUCAGCACCAUCGAAUAUGGCCAUUGUAUAUUGAAUUUUUAAAGAAACAUAAUGUAUAUGAGACUGCUAUUAGAGUUUUUAGAAGAUAUCUGAAGUUAGCUCCGGAAGACACAGAAGAAUAUAUUGAGUAUCUAAUAUCAAUUGGUAAACUGGACGAAGCGGCUGUAAAACUAGCACAGAUUGUUAAUCAAGAUGAUUUUGUAUCAAAGCAUGGAAAAUCAAACCAUCAACUGUGGAAUGAAUUGUGCGAUUUAAUAUCGAAGAAUCCUUCUAAAAUAAAAUCUCUUAAUGUAGAUGCUAUUAUCAGGGGUGGUUUAAGACGUUAUACUGAUCAAUUAGGGCCUUUAUGGAAUUCUUUAGCAGACUAUUACGUUCGUAGUGGUUUAUUUGAAAGGGCAAGAGACAUUUACGAGGAAGCAAUUCAGACAGUAACUACUGUUAGAGAUUUUACCCAAGUUUUUGAUGCUUACGCACAGUUUGAAGAACUUAGCCUCAGUAAACGUAUGGAAGAAGCUUCCAAGAAUCCUACUGAAGAUGAUGAUAUUGAUUUGGAAUUAAGAUUAGCACGAUUCGAACAUUUAAUGGAAAGACGUUUAUUAUUACUUAAUUCCGUGCUAUUAAGACAAAAUCCUCAUAACGUGCAAGAAUGGCAUAAAAGGGUUAUGCUUUAUGAAGGGCAACCACACGAGAUUAUCAAUACGUACACGGAAGCCGUGCAGACUGUGCAACCACAAUUAGCAGUAGGUAAACUGCAUACCUUGUGGGUUGCGUUUGGCAAAUUCUAUGAAGAAAAUGGACAAAUAGCAGAUGCCAGAGUAGUUUUCGAGAAAGCCACUCACGUACCUUAUACCAAAGUCGAUGACCUUGCUUCUGUGUGGUGUGAAUGGGCAGAGAUGGAAAUUAGGCAUGGAAAUUAUAAAGAAGCUCUAAAACUAAUGCAUCGUGCCACUGCUAUGCCGUUCCGUAAAGUAGCUUAUCACGAUGAAACCGAAACUGUACAAAUGAGAUUAUACAAAUCUUUGAAAGUAUGGUCUAUGUACGCCGAUCUGGAAGAAAGUUUUGGUACAUUUAAGACAUGUAAAGCAGUGUACGAUAAAAUCAUAGACUUAAAAAUUGCGACACCACAAAUCAUUAUUAAUUAUGGUCUCUUUUUAGAGGAAAAUAAGUACUUUGAAGAAGCUUUCAGGGCAUACGAAAAGGGAAUCGCGCUUUUCAAAUGGCCGAAUGUUUAUGAUAUAUGGAAUACUUAUCUUACUAAAUUUUUAAAACGUUACGGCGGCACAAAAUUGGAACGAACACGAGAUUUAUUUGAACAGUGCUUGGAACAUUGUCCACCGAAAUACGCCAAAGCUUUGUAUUUAUUAUACGCCAAAUUAGAAGAAGAACAUGGUCUAGCCAGGCAUGCUAUGUCCGUGUAUGAACGUGCGACAAGCGCUGUUCUUCCGGAAGAAAGAUUUGAGAUGUUCAACAUAUAUAUCAAGAAAGCAGCAGACAUAUAUGGCGUUCCAAAAACGAGACAGAUUUACGAAAAAGCCAUAGAAGUACUUAACGAAGAGAAUACGAGAGAAAUGUGCUUGCGAUUUGCUGAAAUGGAAACGAAGUUGGGAGAAGUCGACAGAGCUAGGGCAAUAUAUGCGCAUUGCAGCCAAAUAUGCGAUCCAAGGGUAACAUCAAAUUUCUGGCAAAUAUGGAAAGAAUUCGAAGUGAGACACGGCAAUGAAGAUACAAUGCGUGAAAUGCUUCGAAUUAAACGCAGCGUUCAAGCUAUGUACAAUACCCAAGUGAACAUGAUGUCUGCUCAAAUGUUAAACAAUGCUACGAAUCCACCAUCCGAUGUACCAUUAGAUGCAAUGCGACUUCUAGAUAGUAAAACACCAAGUACAGAUAACGUUACUACGUACAAGGAUAGCAUUAAAUUCGUUCGUGGUGUAACUGAAAAAGAUGGCAAACCGGAGUCUCAAGUAAAUAAUCCAGAUGAGAUUGAUAUUGACGUAGACGAAGUUAAUGACAAUGAAGUUGAUAUAGAAGAAGAUAUACCUGUCGAGAAACAAAGUAUUCCGUCACAAGUAUUUGGUAGUUUAAAAACAACUGAAGGAGAAGACGACUAAGGCGUAGGUAAAUUAUAAUGUGCAAAAGACAAGUGAAUAAUAAAAUUCACAAUAAACAAGAUUUGUAAUUAUAUAUCUAAUACUAUCAAUCAUGCCAACACAAAUUUAUUUCUUAAAAAAAAAAAAUGAAAGAAAAAAAUAAAUAGUUUGUAAAGUUCUUUUUUA